GGUGAUUCUGUCCGUUCAGUGUGGAGCUCUUCUGCCUAUACUUUUCUCCUAUAGGGAAAGAGGAGUAAUACUGUAACCCAUUUUGAAUUCUACACACUCCAAAUUAUUCAAAAAAAGUCAUUGUUUGCUCUGAAUAGACUAUGAAUUACAGGCACAUAGAGAUCAUGACUGCCUUGUGUCUUGUUAAAUUCACAGUGUGUGAUGUGUAGUAAAUGCUCAUUAAUCGUUUUGAAUGAAUUUUUAAGAUCAGCUUUAGAAAUAGGAAGGAUCUUUGGAAUCACAUAUUCCAACUUUUGUUUUAAAGAAGGGGACAUUGAAGCUCACAGUUGUCUUGCCUAAGUUCACAAAGUUAGCGGAGAUAAUAAAACUAGAGCUCAGUCAAGCUCUUAUGAAGGAUUCUUCCUACUGUGCGGUGGAAGCAGUCACAACGUUUCAGUCUAAAAGAAACAAGACAUUUUAAUUUUGCUUUUAAAAUAACUGCUAUGCCAUUUGUGUGUAUGUGUAUAUGCAUGUGUGUGUUUAUAUAUGUGUAUAUAGUUAGCUAGCUAGCAGAGAUCAAAAGGCUUCCCCCUGCGAGUAUAUUUUGCCCAUUUGAUUUAUGAUAUAAGUGGAGAGAUUGGAUUUCAAAAUGCACUUUACAGAAAAGCACUCAGUUCUUUCUGUGCCACCCACUGCUCUCUAUUCCACUCUGCCCUGUACUUUUGUCUAUCUUAAGUCUGUCUCUUUCUUAAGUGGACUGAGUGGGGAUGGAGUGGGUGGGUAAUGUCUGUUAGUGAAGUACAGGUUGCACUAAUCUUAUUUCAUUGUAAUCUUAAUAACUAUAAAACAGAGUAAAUGGUUUUUCUCCAGAAUCAUGUCAGAUUUUUUUUGGAAUCACUGCCUGCCUUUCUCAGGGUGUUGAUACAAGCUGGAGCUCUUUGUUGGAGUCUUCCAGAGCUCUCCCAGGGAGAGGUAGGGAAGGGAGCUUGUCCAGCAGAAGUUGGGAAGCACAGAGAUCAUCUGCCUUCUUCUGACCCGGUAUUGAUGCAGGCUGAGGCCUCUGUUGUAAUGUGCUGGGUGUCAUCUGAAGACAGAAGUGCCCUGUGGGCUUUGGUUACGUUCUAUGGGGGAGAUUGCCAGCUAACCCUCAAUAAGAAAUGCACACAUUUGAUUGUUCCAGAGCCAAAGGGGGAGAAAUACGAAUGUGCUUUAAAGCGAGCAAGUAUUAAAAUUGUGACUCCUGACUGGGUUCUGGAUUGCGUAUCAGAGAAAACCAAAAAGGACGAAGCAUUUUAUCAUCCUCGUCUGAUUAUUUAUGAAGAGGAAGAAGAGGAAGAGGAAGAGGAGGAGGAAGUAGAAAAUGAGGAACAAGAGUCUCAGAAUGAGGGUAGUACAGAUGAGAAGUCAAGCCCUGCCAGCUCUCAAGAAGGGUCUCCUUCAGGUGACCAGCAGUUUUCACCUAAAUCCAACACUGAAAAAUCUAAAGGGGAAUUAAUGUUUGAUGACUCUUCAGAUUCAUCACCGGAAAAACAAGAGAGAAAUUUAAACUGGACCCCAGCCGAAGUCCCACAGUUAGCUGCUGCAAAACGCAGGCUGCCUCAGGGAAAGGAGCCUGGGUUGAUUAACUUGUGUGCCAAUGUCCCACCCGUUCCAGGUAACAUUUUGCCCCCUGAGGUCCGGGGUAAUUUAAUGGCUGCUGGACAAAACCUCCAAAGUUCUGAAAGAUCAGAAAUGAUAGCUACCUGGAGUCCAGCAGUACGGACAUUGAGGAAUAUUACUAAUAAUGCUGACAUUCAGCAGAUUAACCGGCCAUCAAAUGUAGCACAUAUCUUACAGACUCUUUCAGCACCUACGAAAAAUUUAGAACAGCAGGUGAAUCAUAGCCAGCAGGGACAUACAAAUGCCAAUGCAGUGCUGUUUAGCCAAGUGAAAGUGACGCCAGAGACACACAUGCUACAGCAGCAGCAGCAGGCCCAGCAGCAGCAGCAGCAGCACCCGGUUUUACACCUUCAGCCCCAGCAGAUAAUGCAACUCCAGCAGCAGCAGCAGCAGCAGCAGCAGAUUUCUCAGCAACCUUACCCCCAGCAGCCGCCGCAUCCAUUUUCACAGCAACAGCAGCAGCAGCAGCAAGCCCAUCCGCACCAGUUUUCACAGCAACAGCUACAGUUUCCACAGCAACAGUUGCAUCCUCCACAGCAGCUGCAUCGCCCUCAGCAGCAGCUCCAGCCCUUUCAGCAGCAGCAUGCCCUGCAGCAGCAGUUCCAUCAGCUGCAGCAGCACCAGCUCCAGCAGCAGCAGCUCGCCCAGCUCCAGCAGCAACACAGCCUGCUCCAGCAGCAGCAGCAGCAACAGCAGAUUCAGCAGCAGCAGCUCCAGCAGCAGCAGCUCCAGCGCAUGCACCACCAGCAGCAGCAGCAGAUGCAAAGUCAGACGGCGCCACACUUGAGUCAGACGUCACAGGCGCUGCAGCAUCAGGUUCCACCUCAGCAGCCCCCGCAGCAGCAACAGCAGCCACCACCACUGCCUCAGCAGCAUCAGCUUUUUGGACAUGAUCCAGCAGUGGAGAUUCCAGAAGAAUGCUUCUUAUUGGGAUGUGUGUUUGCAAUUGCGGAUUAUCCAGAGCAGAUGUCUGAUAAGCAACUGCUGGCCACCUGGAAAAGGAUAAUCCAGGCACACGGUGGCACUGUUGACCCCACGUUCACGAGUCGAUGCACGCACCUUCUCUGUGAGAGUCAAGUCAGCAGCGUGUAUGCACAGGCAAUAAGAGAAAGAAAGAGAUGUGUCACUGCACACUGGUUAAACACAGUCUUAAAGAAGAAGAAAAUGGUACCGCCGCACCGAGCCCUUCACUUCCCAGUGGCCUUCCCACCAGGAGGAAAGCCGUGUUCACAGCAUAUUAUUUCUGUGACUGGAUUUGUUGAUAGUGACAGAGAUGACCUAAAAUUAAUGGCUUAUUUGGCGGGCGCCAAAUAUACGGGUUAUCUAUGCCGCAGCAACACAGUCCUCAUCUGUAAAGAACCAACUGGUUUAAAGUAUGAAAAAGCCAAAGAGUGGAGGAUACCCUGUGUCAACGCCCAGUGGCUUGGCGACAUUCUUCUGGGAAACUUUGAGGCACUGCGGCAGAUUCAGUAUAGUCGCUACACGGCCUUCAGUCUGCAGGAUCCAUUUGCCCCUACCCAGCAUUUAGUUUUAAAUCUUUUAGAUGCUUGGAGAGUUCCCUUAAAAGUGUCUGCAGAGUUGUUGAUGAGUAUAAGACUACCUCCCAAACUGAAACAGAAUGAAGUAGCUAAUGUCCAGCCUUCUUCCAAAAGAGCCAGAAUUGAAGACGUACCACCUCCCACUAAAAAGCUAACUCCAGAAUUGACCCCUCUUGUGCUUUUCACUGGAUUUGAGCCUGUCCAGGUUCAACAGUAUAUUAAGAAGCUCUACAUUCUCGGUGGAGAGGUUGCGGAGUCUGCACAGAAGUGCACACACCUCAUUGCCAGCAAAGUGACUCGCACUGUGAAGUUCCUGACGGCGAUUUCUGUCGUGAAGCACAUAGUGACGCCAGAGUGGCUGGAAGAAUGCUUCAGGUGUCAGAAGUUCAUUGAUGAGCAGAACUACAUUCUCCGAGAUGCUGAGGCAGAAGUACUUUUCUCUUUCAGCUUGGAAGAAUCCUUAAAACGGGCACACGUUUCUCCACUCUUUAAGGCAAAAUAUUUUUACAUCACACCUGGAAUCUGUCCAAGUCUUUCCACUAUGAAGGCAAUCGUAGAGUGUGCAGGAGGAAAGGUGUUAUCCAAGCAACCGUCUUUCCGAAAGCUCAUGGAGCACAAGCAGAACUCGAGUUUGUCGGAAAUAAUUUUAAUAUCCUGUGAAAAUGACCUUCAUUUAUGCCGAGAAUAUUUUGCCAGAGGCAUAGAUGUUCACAAUGCAGAGUUCGUUCUGACUGGAGUGCUCACACAAACGCUGGACUAUGAAUCAUAUAAGUUUAACUGAUGGCGUCUAGGCUGCCGUGCGUGUCGACUCCUGCGGUGCAGGGCUGGCUGUCUGGCUGGCGAGGAGCUGCCGCGCUUCCUUCACAUGCUCUUGUUUUCCAGCUGCUUCCUUGGGGUAUCAGACUGUGAAGCAGGAAGACACAUACAAUAAAUAUACUGCAUCUUUUUAAGAUGUGCAAUUUUAUUCUGAGGAAACAUAAAUUAUGUUUUGUACUAUAUGACUUUAAGAGCCCACAUUAGGUUUUAUGAUUCAUUUGCCAGGUUUUUAAAUGUUUUCACAAAACUGUUAUGGGACUUCAACUAGAAAUAAAAUGGUGUAAAUAAAGACCUUGCUAUCUCUAAAUUAUGGAUGUUAAAGAUUUGAAAUGUUUUGUACUUUGAUUAUUUUUAUUUCUUAUACUCUGUUUUCUUUUAUAUUGAUAUCUUGCCCACAUUUUAAAUAAAUGUACUUUUGAAGUUA